GUUGCAUGUCAGAUAAAAAUAAUGAUGUGACGAUCAAAAACGCGAUGACGGUAAAAUUGCAUAAUGCACUGUCACGAUCAAACAAUAAUAGCAAACGAGCCGUCAAACUUAGUGCACCGAAGAUAGUCGAUCAUUGCUAUUGAUUUCUUUAUUGUAAAGUUCUUUUAAUUAUCCAAAUUGCAAUUGAAUUAAAUGUAUGUGUUCAAGUUCGAGAAUUUUUAAAAUAAAUUAAUAAAAAGAUUAAGCCAAUAAAAUAUGGACCAAUGCGAGAGGUACAUCAAUAACUGGAUAAGCCUUUAUGAGGCAAAUGAUCGACUAGCGAAGAAAAACUUGUGUUUAUCAAUGGAUUUUCGUAAAGAAGCCAACGACUCUUUUUUGUACAACGAAGAUAAGAAAAGUGAAAAAGCAUACAAGCGAAUAUUAUCCCUGUACUCGAAGAGCAUAGCAUUUGCACCAAAAAAUCUUGACGAAUUAUUGGCCAUGACGUACGCCAACCGAUCCGCGCUACUGCUGCAUUUGAAAAAGUACACAGAAUGCCUUCGAGACAUCGACACGGCGCUCGAACUAACGAAAUCGGAGUUCUUGAGAUUUAAACUGUUGGCGCGAAAAGACCAGUGCUCGGCGCUCGUGAAAAGUUGUGGCGAAAACGACGCACCACCGGUGAACGAUCGGCGAGCCGCGACGAUAUCGGCUAGUGCCGAUCGUACGUACGUGUCGGAUUGUCUGUCCGUGAUGUACAGCGAAAAAUACGGCAGAUACGUGCAAGCCAGCCGAGACAUUCGGCCCGGCGAGAUCGUCGUCGUGGAAAGGGGAUACGUGACUUUCGCGAAAAGGGACAAGGCCUAUCUGAUCUGCUCGCACUGUCUGGAGUCGGCGUGGGCCGCCGUGCCGUGUCCCGACUGUUCGAUCGUCGUCUACUGCUCGGAGAGCUGCCGCCGAGAGGCCUACGACCGUUAUCACAGCGAGGAGUGCCCGAUUCUGCCCUACGUGCGCUGCUUCGAUUGCGACGAAAUCGAACUGGAGACCUGCAUGCUGGCCCUGAGAUCGUUCAUCAUUGCCGUGAAAGAAGAGGGCUGGACGAGAGUCGUGCAACAAGUGCAAAGUAUCGACGAGCAGAGAGAUAAAUACGAAGAAGGUGAAUUUCCAAGUGAGCCGUUUCUGAGUCGAUCGUUUCGUUCUAUGUACAGUCUGUCGUAUCUCGACAACGUCGACGAUGACUACGGCGAUACGCACGACCGGAUGUUGGCCGAUUUGAUCGAGCGCAAGACAAAUUUAUUACACAUAAACGAAGAUGAAGUAGACGUUUUUGAAAACAAAGAAGAGAGAGCAAACUUCGUUCGAAAUUUGCUCAAGAAAUUGAGAAAAAUCAUCAAUAUUAACUCCUUUCAAUUUCAAGACUCGUCCUGCAAGUGCGAGGACUUUCAAGAGUGCACGUCGAGCUGCGACACGGUGCGAGGUGCCAUCGUGCUGCCCUACUCGAGUUUGUUGAAUCACAGCUGCUAUCCGAACGUCGAGAGGACGUUCGCGCGGCCCGGCAAGAUCGUCCUGUUCAGCACGAGGCCGAUCGGGCGAGGCGAGCAGCUGUACGACUCUUACGGGCCGGUGGUCGGUAUCGGCCGACAGGAGCGACAGGAUUAUCUCCGAGAUUACUUCGGCUUCACCUGCGAGUGUCGAGCCUGCCGGGAAAAUUGGUCCACUCACACGUCGUCGUGUUCUGUCAUACAAAUGCGCGACUCGGCCGUCACCAAGAGUUUUUUCACCGAGUUACUGAUCAAGCGAUUGCACGACGUUUUCGUGCUACCUCUGAUCAAGCGGCCAAUCGACGUGGCCACCCUCGAAAAGACUAUACUCCUCAUCGAAAUCAUUUACAAGUACUUCGAUGGCUUCGUUGCUUACGCCGAUUCUUUGUCUCAUCGGACUUACAUCGAGAGAGCCUUUUGCAAAUUUUACGGCGUAUGAAGCGCCGAGUUGGUAUACAACGAAAAAUAUGCGCCGCAGAAAAAUAAUA